AUGGCCCAUGUCCCGCCCGGUUCUGUGGGGAGGCCCGCAGAGCCCCUGCGGCUGCUGCGACGGGCUCGCUGGUGGGAGCUGGCCGCGUGCAGCAGGCGCCUCCUCCCAGCCCGUUCCGCGGGCUGUGCCGCAGCCAUGGCCGUGCAGGUGCCCCUGUGGCACCACUACCUGCAGGCGCUGCGCUCGCGGGCAGCGUCCCGAGCACAGGAGCACCAGCGCGCCGAGGACGUGGUGCUCACCCUGCUGGGGCGGGUGCACGCCCUGGACCCCCGCUUCCUUGUGGACUACUCCCGGGACCUGGAGGCCUUCCAGUUCGCCCUGCGCUCCUCGGAGGGCCCGCUGGACGUGGAGGUGCCCCUGUGGGUGGACGCCGAGGCCCUGGUGAUUGAGGAGGUGGGGGCCGCCGAGGCGGGGGGCGGCAUGGGGUGCUGCCGCCUGGGCCUCCCCCGGGAAGCGGCCGGCCUGGAGCGCUGGAAGGCAGACGACGUCUUCGAGGCCUCCCUGGAGGGCAGCGCCAGGUGCUGCGGCCACAUCGUGCCCGGCAAGGUCCUGCGGGUCCUCAAGGACCUGCUGGUGGCGGCCGUCGUGUACUGCAAGCACCACCACCUCAUCACACCAGGCUCCCUGAGUGUGGACAGUCUGAGGGCGGAGCAGCUCGGCCUGUCCCUGCGGGUGUCCAGCGGCUGGAGGACACUCUGCUUCAACGUGGUGCCCGUGGUGCGGAAGAGGCUCAGGGUGCCCGCCCUGGAGGGGGCCGGGCUGGUGCCGGGGUUCCCUGAGGGUGCCCUGCGAGGGAUCGUCCGCCAGAAGGCCACCCUGGUGCCGGCCAGCGCGGAGCUCUGGAGGGUCUCCACUGACUACCUGCUCACCAGGCUGCUGGGGGCGCUGGGCUCCCUCCGGGGCCACCGCCUAGACAGCCUCUCCAUCCUCGACCGGGUCAACCAUGAGAGCUGGCAGGACGGCGGCCGGAGCCCCGGGCUGACCUUCGGCCACUUGAAGACGGUGCUGCUGUGGUCCGCCACGCUCUUCCCCACGCCCGAGGACUGGGCGGAGCUCCAGGGCGCCGUGUACCGCCUGCUGGUGGUGCUUCUCUGCUGCCUGGCCACCAGGAACCUGCCGCACUUCCUGCACCCUGAGCGGAACCUGCUGCAGGACGCGGGCCUGGACCUGGGCGCCCUCUACCAGCGCGUCGAGCGCUUCGCCAGCCAGCCUGAGGCCGCCCUGCGCAUCCACGCCACCCACCUGGGCCGCAGCCCCCCGCCGCGCGUGGGCAGCGGGCUCCGGGCGCUCCUGCAGCUGCCCGCCAGCGAGCCCGCCUACUGGGCCACUGCCUACUUCGACGUCCUGCUAGACAAGUUCCAGGUCUUCAACAUCCAGGACGAGCAGCGGGUCUCGGCCAUGCAGAGCGUCUUCCUGAAGACCAAGACUCUGGGUGCUGAGGAUCGCUGAGGGUCAGCCCCGAGGGCGUCUGAGUGUGCUGGACAGUGCGUCUCGGAGGCCCCGGGGUGAAGGUGCUGUGCGCUCUGUGUGACGUCAUCAAGACCGAGAGCUGACAGUCCUCGGGGCCAGGAGCUUGUCUGCACCUGGGUCGUGUGCUGCUCCAGGUGGCGGGGCCUCUGAUGUGUCCAGUGGGGCCGGGACCGCCUGCUUUCUGGAUACAUAAAGUGGAGAAGCUUGUGUGCA